AUAUUUGUUUAUAUCGUUUAAACACAGUAAUGCCUCUGUGACUUGUUGCGUGUUUUAAGAUAAAUAUGUAAGAAAUUUGUAUCAUUUGACAAUUGGUUGUGGAAAGAACAGCAGAAAUGGGAAAAAUCCACCAGGCGCAAACGGCAAUAACAUGCUCUCUCGGUAACUUGAUCGUCGGCCUGCUCUACGUAUGGCCGUCGUACACACUCAACCUGUACACAGCGAAGAACACUACAGUUCUAUCGGAGCCGAUGUCGGAACUUGAGAGCUCGCUGGUGGGCAGCAUCCCGUCCCUUGGAGCUAUGGUCGGAACUGCCGCUAUUGGGUUCUUGCUCAGUGUGUUUGGGAGGAAGAGAGGCGGAGUCAUCCUUGCCUUGCCUGUGACUAUAUCCUGGCUGGUUGUAGAUCUGACUACAUCAUCGAAAGUAAUUUUAGCAGCGAGGUUCUUCGGUGGGUUAUCAGUUGGAGCCAUCAUGUGUCAUUCGCCUAUAUACAUUUCAGAAAUAGCAGAAGAAUCUAUAAGAGGAAUGUUGACUUCUGCUCCAGUGGCAUGCUACUGCCUUGGUGUUUUAUUCUCGUACCUACUCGGCUGGUUCUUUACCUACCGGUACAUCAUCUGGAUAAACAUCUGUGUCUGUCUCCUCUACAUAGCCCUCAUGAUGUGCUUGACAGAGAGCCCUGUGUACUUGAUGAGAAAGAAUAAGGAAGAGGAAGCUGCGAAAGCUAUAGCUCACUACAGGGGCUUGUCUACAUCGUCAAAAAUUGUACUCGAAGAGGUUUCACGACUGAGGCAACAGAUAACGCCGUCUGUUGAGCUAGUUCCGGUUAAUACUGAGGAAAAACCGGAAGAAACCGAAAAGAGCAAACUCAGUGCUGAAGAAUACUCGCCCGAGCCUCCCAAGAUGCCGACGUGGAAAUUACUUUUUUUUUCACCAUCGUCUCGGCGUGCCUUCACUGUUGUAGGACUAACGUUGUCUCUUCAGGUCAUGAUGGGUAUGGUGGCGGUCCAAGUGUACGCCAAGGACAUAUUCAGCAGCGCAGCCCCGAAUCUCUCCUCCCACAUGUGCUCCGUCCUGCUCGCAUUUGUACUCCUCAUGGGCAGCUUGCUCAGUACUGUCUUGACUGACAAGUUUGGAAGAAGAAUCCUGUUGGUCUUAUCUUCCAUAGCAGUGGCACUGUGUCUGAUUCUCAUGGGAGUGCAGCUCCAGACCAUGAUAGCGCCCGCUUGGUUGACGGCCGUCUUGAUCCUCGUCUACUGUUUCUCCUUCAUGUUCGGAGCCGGCAGUAUACCAUACGUCUUACUGGCUGAAGCUUUUACACCAGAGGUCCAAAGCUUGGCGUCCAUGAUUCAGAUGGAGAGCGUAUGGUUCCUCAAUUUCUUCCUCGUCGCCGUGUUCCCGUUCAUGGUGAAGUUCUUCGGUAUCUACGGCUCCUUCUACUCCUUCGCGCUUUUCGCCAUCAUGGACCUGAUCGUUGGCCUCACAAUCUUGCCCGAAACUAAAGGGCUCACCAACGAACAAAUACAAGAAGUUUUCUUGAGGCGGCGGAUCAAGUGACCAAACGAACUAGUGUUAACGUGUAAAUAUUAUGAAUAAGUGAACUCUAGUGAAUACUCUUAGGAGCAAGUGCCAGUGCCAAAUAUAUUGUUAACUUUAA